AUGUCCUUCAACCCACUACUUUUAAACAACCUUGUAUCAAAACCCCAUACUGAACAAGAAGCUGCUUUAAGAGAAAUUAGAUUAUCAAUUAUUGGUGAUGAAGAUGAAAAAUUAAUAUUAUUAAACUCCCAGGAUUUCAUACAAAUUUUCAAAUUAUUUGAUCAAUUUGUUAAUGGUGAAACCAAGGAUACACAAGUAUUACAACAUUUAUUAGUUAUUAUAUCUUCAUUGGUUUAUUUUCCCCCAGCUUUACCAAAAUUAAUUAAUCAACAUAAUAUUGUUAUUAAAUUAAUGAUUAUUUCAAAUCAAUUUGCUAAUGACAAUACUAUAUUAUCAAUCAUAUUCAAAUUAUUAUCAAAUAUCCUUUCAUUAAAACAUGAUUUAAACCUGGAAUUAAAUAGUCCUGAUGGGGUGUUAUUUAGAAAUUUGAUUUUAUCAAAACUAGAAAUCAAUAACACUGAUAAUUAUAAACUCAUUAAAGAAAAUGAAUUAUUAUAUAAUAUAUUCACUUUAAUUCCUCAUUUAAAUCCAUUAGUUUUAAAAAAUUUAAUUCAACCAAUAAUGAGAAUCUUGGAAAUUGUUUUGAAUAAACCAACAAAUUAUCUUUAUUCAAAAUAUGGUGGUAAAAAUUAUUAUAUUGAUUGUUUUAAUAGUUUAAUCUUACCAAAUUCUCCACCUUUAGUUCUUUUCUCAAAUUUAACAGGUCCAUUAUUAUAUUCAUUAGCUCAUUUAUUAUAUUAUGAUCAAGAAUCUUCAAUGAGAACUUUUUCUUCAUCAAAUCAUAAUGAUGAUGAUAAACUUUUUGAUAUUGAAAAUUUAAACAAGAUUAAUCAAAUUAAUUAUAAAAAUUUUAAUAAAAAUUUAUAUUUUACAAUAACUUCAUUAUUAAAAUCAAAUGAUUAUGAAUUGAAAUUAUCUGCUAUAUCAUUAUUAAUUAAUUUUUCAAUUAAUUCAACUUUAUCAGAUUUAGAAAAAAAUAAAAAUGUUCGGAAAUUUUUACCAUAUUUAAUUCAAUUAAUUGAUUUAGAUGAUUCAAAUAAUUUAAUUGUUUUCAAAAGUGAACUGAAAUUAUCAAGAAGAUUUAAUCCUUUUUAUAUCUUAUCCAAAUUAUGUUUAAAUUUUGAAUUUGUUAAUGAUUAUUUAUUAAAUUGCAACAUCAUAAAGAAUUUUUGUGAAAUUAUAACAAAAUUUAAAAAAAUGGAUUUUAAUUCAUUAACUUUAUUAAAAUUAGAUAAUUUAAGUGAUUUAUUCUUGAUAUUAAGUUCAAUUACUUCAAAUAAUGAACAAAAUAGAAAUUUAAUUGUUAAACAUGAUUUAUCAGAAACUAUUCAUAAAAUUUUAGAGUUCCAUUAUUCAAAUUUGAAAAAAUAUUUGAAAAAACAUUCCAAAGAUAAUCAGCAAUUAGAUGAUUCAAAAGAUCUUGAUCAAAUUUUAAUUGCUUCAAAUAAUCUGACAAUAUCAACUUGUUAUUUAUUACGUUCAUUAUCAAGAAGUGUAUCAAUAUUAAGAUCAUAUCUUUAUGAAACAAAUAUAGUGGAUAAUUUACUAAACAUUUUAAAAAUUUCAGAAGAUUCAUUAAUUAAUAUUGAUGAAAAAAAUCAUGUUAUUAAUAAAUCUGAAAUUUUAUUGAAAACUAUAAUUUUAUCAAUUAUUUCAAAUUUAGUAUUGGAUUUUAGUCCUUUAAGAAAUGAUUUAUUAAAUAAUAAUUUAAUUGAAAUUGUUUCAAAUCUUUUAUUAACUACAAAUCAUAAUCAAAUUAAAAUUAAUUGUCUUUGGGUUAUUCGUCAUAUUAUUUAUAAUGAAACUUCAGUGAUUAGAGAUAAAUCAAUUGAAAAAAUUGGUAUCAAGACAAUUUUAAAACUUUGUAAUGAUGAAGAUUCAACAAUUCAAGAACAAGCUUUUAAUGUAUUAAGAAAUUUAACAUGUAGUUCCAAGUUUCAUGUUAAUAAAAUUUUAAAUACAUUUGCUUCAGAAAAUCAAGGUUUUGAUUUUUUCCAAUUUAUUUAUGAAAAAUUAUCAACAAUUCCAAUGUCAAAUUUAAAAAAUGAAGGAUUAAUUGAAAGUAUAAUUUUUAUUAUAGUUCAUAUAGCUGCUAUAAGUGAAGUUAAAAGAGAAUUAAUCAUUAAAAAUACUCAACUAUUAAAUAAAAUAAGAGAAUUAUUACAAUAUUAUGAAAGUAAUGAAGUUAAAUUAUCAUGUAUUUGGUUAGUUAUAAACUUAACAUGGAUGGAAAAUAUUUCAAAUCAACAACCACCACCAUUACAAAACCAACAACAAUCAAUACAAACAAAUAAUUUCUUUGAAGAUGAAGAUAUAAUGGAUGAAGAUGAAGAAGAAUUUGAAGAUGGUGGUGAUGAAGAAGGUGAUACAGAUCCAACAAAUUCAAGAUUAAGAUCUCAAUUAAAUAUAAAUCCAUCAAGAAAUCUUAAUAGAAGAAAUAAUAUACCAGGUUCAAUAACUGAAAAUUUUAUUGAUUCAAAUAAUAAUUUUAAUAAUUUGGAUCAAAAUCCUUCCAAGAGAGCUGGUAUAUUAAAUGAAAUUGGAUUUACCAAGAUUUUAACAGAUCUUUUAGAUACAGAAAAUAUUGAUUUAAAAGAACGUGUUAGAACUGCUUUAUUUAAUUUAACAAAUGCUGUUAAACCUGAGGAUAAUUAA